GCGCGCGCCUGCCUCAGCGCCCCGCGGAGCCCGUGAGGAAGGUCGGCGGAGGCGGCCUGAGGCACGUCCCUGUCAGAGGUGCUUCUUACAGCGCCUCAGGACCUCGUCGCCCUGCCCUGCGAGAGCUGGGCCGGGGGCCGAGGCUUCUCUGUGCCACCCCCUCGCCCCGCCUGCUUUGCCGAGGGCAGAGGGCGCAGCGCCGUCCCUUUCUUUCGGUGGCGCCCUUUCACGAGCGCAUCGUCCGUGUUUUCCUGCAGUUUUGUGUAAGCUAAACCCCGGUUCCUUCGCUCUGGCCUCAGGUGCGUUUGAUGGCUUUGUUUGCUUGUUGGGUCCCCCGUACGCAUCACGGCAGCACCCAUCACGGCAGCACCCAGCGUUGCGCUACCGGUGCUGGGUCACGCCUGUACGCUGCUUGGGUCCCUCAACAGCAGUAGCCCCGUGUACGCACUCCGACGUGAUUACAGGCUGGAUUUUUUUUGUGGAGUUUGUUUACAGCAUAACUUUAGUGAUGUAAAAUUUUACCCAGUGUGACCUGUCGAGGCACCUUUCCUCAAAGCUCUUUUGUACCGUGUGUGUGUGCUGUUGGCUCUAGGCAUCUUCAUACUUCCUUACUGAAUGCCACCACGAUUUUCAGAUCCCAUCUCCAUUACAGUCAACCUAACAGGAAGACUAGCUACUGCCCCUCACAGCUUGGUGUUGUUCUCAGCUUUAAAAAGGAGGCUCUUCAUUCCAUCUUCCAGGUUGUUACUGAAAAUAACAAAUAUCACCGCCAAGGUCUGUGAUUUACCUGCCUGUUUUGACUGAAAACCAGUGAUAGCCAUUCUCCGACUGAUGUCCUGUUCAGCUUAGCAGGAGCUCUGUGGUGGUUUCAAGUUCACAUGUUGUGAUUAUCAACAUCUAAAGAUGUAAUUUCUCCCACACACUUUAAGUUCUCCUACUUGUACAGAAGGCAAUUGGGUUUAUUUCUUAUGAUUUAUAACUAUCUUAACUGGUAGUCUGAUGUUAACUGGUACUUCUCUAUUCUCUCCCCUGAAGGGAGAAGCCAUUUGUAAGCACUCUGUCCUAUUAGCUUUUAAGAUGACUGGGAAGAUUUGACUUAUGCUGAAUACAGCGAGUGGUUCCCACAGGGGGACUGGCCUCAAACAGCAAGCAGAUCCCUGGAGCGUGGCAGCAUGUGCUUUACAACAUCUUUGCCACAAAAAUCUCUGUAGGCUAUUUAGGAUUCUUUUAAACUUUGUGGAAGCUGAGGACCCAGCCUUUCUUUUCUGUAUUUGCAAAUGGACAAGAUUUUUUUUCUCAUUUGUUUAAAACGGUCCUUUCCCUUAAGCUGUAGCUUUUGGAAUUCUCUGAUGAAGUGAUAGUCUUGGCUGGCAUUUUAAAAAAAUCUGCUUUUCAUGAUUGCUAGAAAAAACUUGAAAUGUGUUUUCCUUUAAUGGUAAGAAAUAAGGAAACAUUAUUAUCUUUUAAAUGACAGUUAUAAAACAUUUUCCUUGUGAUUUUUCUAGGAUAUGACUGAGGUUAAUCUUUUUAAUGUGUUACACACUAAGCAAGGCGAAGCAAAAUCAGAACAGCAAAGUUAUUUUUGGCAUUGUUCCACAAAAAAUGUUACCAGUUCAUCAUUUUUUGAUCACAAUUUGCAAAAUUGCUUUUCAGGUGAAUAGCUGGUGACUUCAUAAAAUUUGGAAACAAAAUCUUUGUUGCUAUCUUCACUGCACUGGCUGGCCACGGUCUGUGCAUGACUUAGUGAGGAGAUCGCUGUUCAGCUCCUGGGAAUUAAACUUUCUUGCCAGACAGGAGGGGAUCAACAUCACAGAGGGAUUCCUCAGGUCUUGGAUCCCAGAUAGAUUCCAGCCCUAACACACACACUGAGAAGAAGGGGGAAAGGAUGCUUUUGUCCUUGUCUUUAUUCUGAAUAUUUUGACUCUUACCCAAGUGCCCCUUUGGGACAAUCAACAAUAUAACAUGAAUGACACCAGGCAGCAGUCUCUGUUCUUUGUCAGUCUGCCGGAGCUACAAAAACUCUGUGCCACUACAGUAACUCUGAGUUCUCAGAUACCGGAAACUGAGACAAGGAGUACACAGAUAAAGUUUUGCAGACAGUUAUUAUUCCUGCAUCAAGACAUCCUUUCUGCACCUGUUAUUGGAACACUAAAUCAAAUUUCAGUUGUAAUGGCGAUACCAUUUUACAAAUCAAGAAUAUGUCAAGCCUACAUAGAGAAACAAGGAGCUACCCUGGAAGCACCACAAACAGUUAGUCCAGUCAUUCUCCAAACCUGUCUCUCCUACACACUUACAGCCAGACUUGCACCCAGAUGGAACAAGGCUGGUCAUCUCUUGGUCCAAGGAAAAGAUUUUUUGUCUCAUUCAGGAAGGCAAAAUGCUGUUGUUAUAGACCUCAAUGUAUCAGAGAGACAGCUUUGCAUCAGUGUGGAGGCUUACUCAAUUCGGUUGCCACCCCCUGAGCUGGGAGAUUUUGAUAUUUUGGCAAACACCUUACAGCUGUUUGACAGCAAUGAAAACACAGUUAUUCACCAGCAUUCCAUAUUAAGUAACUGGUGCUAUGUUUUGCCAAGCAUGAAAAUGGGUCAGAUCAUAAACAUCAGCCACAUAAUUCCUCCAGAAUCUCCUUUCCGUUCAUAUGAAGAAUUUCAGAUGCACUGGAAGAAUCUGUAUGGAUAUAUUCUUCCAGAGGAUCUUGGAGAGACAAAAACAUACUUCAGUGUUUACUUCAAACCAGUAGGAGAAAGAUUCUUUACAUAUCCUUUCAGAAUAUUUGUGUACCCUUUAAAUUGCAUUCGAAGUCAACCAGUGCAGUAUUUCCCUAGAACAGAUUCAGAAAGUGUGUUGAACUCUUUUCUUUCUGACAUGAAGCGUAAUCUUUCACAUCUAUGUGGAUUUCCAGUAAAGAUGACAAGUAAAGCACUUUAUGCUACACGGGAACUCUCCAGGGCUCCGGUGCAUGAGAUAAAAUCUAAGCAUAUGAAAUUGACUGGUGAGAUGGUUUGUGGAGUAUCUCUAAUGCAGGCUCCUCCAAGAAAACAGAGUUUGCCUAGAAUUUCUUCACCAUGCAGUAUGGAAAACAGCCACUGGAUGGAGCGUUUGAUCAAAAAGCCAGAAUCACACACUUUUUCGAGUAUCUGUAAGGGUACAGAGAAGGUUAGCAUUGAAGCAACAGAGAAAUCAAUGAGUAAUAGGCAAAUACCAGGAGUACCAGAGUUACCAGUUGUGAAAUCGUUAGGAAUGCCUGUAAAUUCAGCCUUUGAACUCCCACACAAAAAAGUCAGCAAAAUUAUACCAAUUUUCAAAGGAAAGUUGAUGCAAAUGAAUGGAAAGACUACAAAUCAAAUGGAUGGGAAGAAAAGAGAAAAUGCUGAAAGACGUUCACCAAUAAAAACUAUGGGUGUUUCAUCUUCUAUGCUGACUAUGUGUAAGUCCAGAAUAACUCAGGUUUACAAACCUGUUCAAGAUACGCCAGUCAAAUAUCCUACUCAUAGCAGCAUACUUCAGGUAAUGAACACAAAAACAUAUGCAAAACAUGGUAUACCUGUAUUUCAAUGGGAAACAGAGUCUGGUGGACAAAUAACUAAUGCUGAUUUUUCUAAUAACUCAGCUUCAGGUGGGAAUUCAAGUGAAGUCAAUCACAAAAAGGCAAAUUCUCCUUCAUUUCUUAAGAAUGUUGAGUCAGUGCUUCAGAAAUCAAACAUCAACCUGCGUCUGAAUACAUAUGUAUCUCCUAUUUCUAGUGCAAGAAGGGGAAAAAAGUUUGCAAGUCAAAAUACCAUGCAAGUUCUUGAGAAACACCAUCAGUCAGAGAAAGUACAUUUGCAGAUUUGUAAAUUAGACAAUGAAAUGACAAAAUCCAGUUUAUCACAGCAACAAACAAACAGAUCAAAUGAAGGAGCAGGGUUAAAUAUUCAUGAAUCUGUCUUAAAUGAUACAUUGUGCAUCGCCAAAAAUGAAGAAAAUAAAGCAGCAUGUCAUUCUAAGGACUAUAUUGCUAAGAAAACCAGUCAUCCUUCCAAGUCUUACUUUGAACAGACGAUUACAGGGAAGGAGUAUCUGACAUGUGUAACACUGACCUCAAAACCAACUUCCUCAGUCAAGGAAAGCAACACAGAAGCAUCUGUAAAGAAAGGUUGUGCCAGAAAGCAACAGAAGGAAGGUUAUUCAAAGUUAAAGAAAGCCAAAAGAAGUAAGCCUUCUGUUUAGGAUGUUCUGGAGUACUGAAAGAAAACUCUGGGUUCCCAACAGUGUAUUAACAUACUUGAGGAUCUCUGAGCUGUGUUUAUUUCACCUUGUUGGUACCUGUUUCUGGAUGAAAACCUGAGAGCUGAAUACAUACAGUCAAGUAAAUCCACGUAUCAACAACUUCUCCAGACAGUUUAGGUUAAUAAGCCUCAAAUGAAUCAAAAAAUUUAGCUAACAGCUUAGAGUUUUUGAAUCACAUUGCCUGUCCUAGUACUUGCUUACACACUUAAUCACUCUUCUAAGAUAUUUUGAAGUUUCAAGUCUGUCUUUUUAUGGUAUAAUUAUAUUUAGUUCUUUGCUACAGUGUCUGGGUCUCUUCGUUUCACCAGCAAAGCAUUCCUAAAUAACUUCUUGUCAAGUCAAAUGGUUAGGAAAUAAACAGUACAGUUUUUCUUAGGGGAAUAAUCUGAAGGCUGGAUUGAAUUCCAGCUUCUUUAAUUCUUGCUACAAUUUUAAAUGAAUUUCCAUUUUCAGAAAUGAAACUGCUAUGUAAAAGAUUUCUUUAAGUCUAAUUGAUAACACCAUUCUUCAGUAAUUCAUGCAUAAUAUGUAUAGUUGCCCUUUGAGUAAUUUUAUCAGAAUAAAUGUAUCUUCAAUGAUCUACUUGAAGGUGUAGUUACACAUAUAUAAAUACAUAUGAUUGUUGCCCCGUAGUUGCUGGUUUUAAGUGAAUAUUAUUGUAUUACCUGGAAGAUGAGAAUCAAAUGUCACAACACUAGCUCCUAAACUCAAAUGAUAUACAACUGUAGUUUAACGCUUGCUUUGGAUAUACAUUUGCAAAAGCUUUUUCCUAAAGGAAUUGGUACAAUGGAACUUUAUGCACUUUAUGAAAACCUUUUUAGGUUUAUAUUGCCAUAGUUGAAUUUUUAUUUACCUCAUUUUUCAAAGUAGGCUUUUGCUCUACUACAAUGACAACUUUUGGUUUGGUUUGGUUUGGUUUUCCUCGAACAGUGACUGUAGACAUAGCUCUAAUUUCAUGGUGCCAGUGUUUAAAAGAAGUGGGCACUUCAACAACAUGUAGUUUUCUCAUACAUGAUACAAAAAAUAAAAAACAACAGGUGUUACAAAAAUUAGAGCAAUAUGCUCAGUGAGAAAUCAAAUCAUUUACAUUUUGUCUGGAAAUUGGUAUACAAAGCUACUUUUUCAAAUGCUGUGGAUUAGUUAUUCUUUCAUAGAUUUGACUAUAUGUAAUUGAUCUUUUUCUUGUCUUACAAUAUAAAAAGCCUGCAGAGCAGUUGCAUUUCUCCUAUGCUACAGAAAUUAGUACUUCCUCUGGUCUGUUUCCUAUUGUUGCUUUUUAAAUGCUGCCGGUUGCCAACAUUUGCCUGGUAUUAUAACAGAAGUCAUUUUGCAUUAUUCUUGCAUUUUAAAAUGUUUACAUCAUUUCGUGUUAUCUGUUAUAAUACUCAAAAUACCAAAAAUGUAAUUAUUGC